GCUUACAUGCCCUGUGGCAUCUCUUAAUUCAAAAGCCUGACUCUUGGACUUCGAAAGAGAAAGUUAAAAAAUUUUGAGCAGGGUGUGUGUAGGGUGGAUUGUGGUAAAAGAAUUUUUAAAAGACAAUUUAUCUUGAUAAAAGGGUGCGAGUUCUUGAUUAAGAGACCUUUCUUGCCAGGGGUAAGACAGUGGUAUGUUUCCCUUAUUUGCCUUAUGUUGGUAAGUUUCAAUAGACUCUACUUUUCAGCUGUCUUUGGUCAAAUUGCCCUUUACUCCUUGUUAUAGUCUAACUGUUGUUUUCACUAAUACAUGUUACCUUUCCGAAGAGUUGAUAUAAUUUGACUAUUAUAUCCAGUCCUCAGAAAAAUUCUUUGUCUUAAAGAUUAGUGUACUUUUCCAACCUUGUUUUAACUGGAACUUAAAAAAAAAUACACCAGGCAUUAUUAUUUUUUUCUUAUUUUAAAUUCUGGGUCUAUGCCAGGUUGCAGAUGGACUGCCAAGCAUCCAGGCAGCUUGCUGGAGCCAUUUCAUGAGCUGGAACUUAUCUCUUUGUUGUGUAAAUCUUUUUAGUUUUGAUGCUCUGCAUAAAUGUUUAGGUUCAAGGUUUAUGGUCUGUGAAUAUGCCUGUUAACAAGUCACCUAUAAUUAAUAAAUAUGGAGUAAUAGCUUCCUCUUAUGAGGAACCCUUGAAAUGUAGUUUUAAACUUUUAAGUCAAACAAAGAAUAACAAAUCAAGAUCAUCAUUUUCAAUCACAAAAGAAUUCAUAUUGAAAUUCAAUGAAACACAAAAGCCAGAAGAGAAGCAAAAAUUGUUGGAACUAGCUAGAAAAAACAUUCUUAAAUGUAAGAGAAGACUUGGUCUCAAAACCUUAGGCUGUGGUAAGCAUGUGCAUCUCCCUGCUGCUUGGACUGAAGUAGUAUAUCUGGCUCAAUGUAAAGGAGAAAUCCAAGAGGAAGCCUUAAAUAUACUUUUUACAUCCCUGGACCAUGCUUCCUUCGAUUGCGAUCAUCUGCCUGCCUUAUUUUUUGUAGCAGAAUCAGUUUUAUAUAGACUCUGUUGUGAUGCAUUCCUGAAGACGUACUUAUAUUCAGUUGAAAUAAAACUGUCAAAGAUUGGCUAUUUGGUCUUCUUACGACUUUUUAUAUUUUUCCUGCAUGGCCACCUAGCAAGUUUUAAAGAACAUUUACUUAGGCUUCAACCAUAUUUAUGUGCACUUUCUCUUUCUGGACAAUCAUAUUACAAGUAUCCCAACAUCUCUUCAAAUGUCGAGUUCAUCCUGAAAACUGCGGAAAUAAUAUGUAAAAGUGAACUAUUAUCUGAAUCAGUUUUCAGCCCUGUGGAAAACAAAGAAGGAUAUGAGAACAUAGAUUCUGAUAUGGAACAUUUGAAAUUUCAGCAGGGAGGGUAUGAAGUUAACCACUUGCUCUGGCACUGUGUUGCUGCUUGGUCUUGUGUUCAGAAUAAUAAUCCUCAGUUGAACAACGUGCUUGAACAUCUCAUCUUCUAUAAAACACAGCUUCAAAAGAAAUGCUGGUUGAAUUCAGCACUGGCUUUGUUGGUCCUUGGGGAGGCUGCCAAGUUAAACAUGGCCUGCUUGAAAGCUUUAAUGGAUCUAAUGAGAAAUUUUAUUUCAAGCGUUAUGUCUGUUCAGAAUCAGGAAGAAAGUUGCAAGGGUGAUGAUUUUCCCUGGGCCUGGAAUAUAGUCUACUUAUAUGUAACAAUCCUUGCAGAAAUCUGCUUAUAUGCAGCUACUUCCAAUUUGCGAAAAACUGCUUUUAUUGGUUUCUGCGUCUGUAAAACCCCACGAAAAAGUAUUUUCCCCAUAGACGCCAGAUCAGAAGAACAACCAGAAUUAAAGGAAACAAGUAUUUUAGGUCUUUUGGAAUACUUCUCUUCAAAAAUAUCAGAUAAUUGUGAUCAGCUGGUCUGGACUGUAUACUAUGGCUUAGUGUAUAACCUGGUGAGAAUGUCAUGGGAACUCCGAGGAGAUGAGGAACAGGAUGGACUUAGAAACAUAAUAUGGCAAACAUUACAGAAAACAAAGGAUUGUGAGAAAGACAAGCGAAUCUUUAAUGCAAUAAAGAUAGCUCAGGCUGAGUUAAAUGAUCCAACUGAUCCUUUCACUAAUUAUAGUACAAAAGUUCCAUCAAAUGUAGGGGAUGAAACUUUCUCCAAAUAUAUAGGAUGGAGAAUUGCCAACACACUUUCCAAACUAUUCUUCCCCUCCACUGAUACCUGUCCCCUCCCUUUGAAGAAACCACCGAUAAAACAAGUUCAGAUGAAAUAUCCGAAUAAAAAGCAGGAUCCCAUGAAGAAAAGAGUUCUACGUAUCACUGCAAGACUCAUGCCAUGUCUCCUAUCAAGAGUUGGAGUCUGUUUCCCUUCCUCUUCAAUCUGAACUUGCCUUGGGACUUGCUUUGAACUCUAGAAUCAAGCAGCAGUGACACUUUGCCUGUUCUCAACCUGGACUUUAAGAGAACUGUAGCUUCUAUAUUUGCUCUCUUUCUAUCCCACAGUUCUAAGCAAAGGUUAGGCUAUUCUGCUGGAGAGAGGCCUUGGGAGAUGAGAGACCACAUGGAGAGAAAGCCAUUUGAAGGAAAACCAAAGCCCUCAGCUGCUGCCAAGAACAAAGCCCCAGACAUGUUAGUGAGGAACUCCUGGGCUCCCCAACUUAGUCUAUCUGCUAGUUGAAUGCAACUUCAUAAAUAAGCUCAUUUGUAACUGUAUGCAGCCAGAUUAAGCCAUCUCUGGUGAGUCUUGUGCAAAUUCCUGAAACACAGAAUUGGUAGCAGCAGAUAGUUGUUGUUUUAAGUCACUAAAUUCUGGUGUAAUUUUUCAUGCAGCAAUAGAUAAGUACGGAAAAACCCUUCUUAGUCAUUAUAUAAUAGUCCAAUGGAGUGCUGGUGGUUCCUGUCACUAAUAAUUGUCUAGAAAUUUGUGUCAGUAAUCCUAAGCAAGAUUGAUUAAUUAAUUUUAUUUAUUUUGUUCAAUCCUUGGCAAGUUUUGAUACCAAUGUUAUUCUUUGGAAGUUCCUUUCUUAUAAUUUCAGUAGCAUUGGCAUUAUCUACUCUUUUAAACUUUGGUAGAAUUUCCCUCUUAAACCAGCAGUACUUUAUGCCUUUUAAGGUUAGCACUUUGCCAGAUUUUUCUAUUUUCUAUGGCAGUUGGCAGGGCUGAUAUUCAGCUGAAUAUACAGGCAUAACUAGAUCCAAUUCUGACUGUUUGAAGCCCCUGUUAUAAAAAUCUCUGAAGCAUCAUUCCUGAAUGUCUGUCUCUAUAAAUAUCUUUUCUUCUUAAGUCAAUUUUAGCAAAUUGUAUUUUCUUUAAAUAUUAAUUUCAGUCAUGUUUUUCAGAAAUUAUUUGCCAAUAAUUGAGCAAAGUAGUCUCUUAUGAGUCUUUUAAUUCUGUUUCUUUGAUUA